AUGUCGGCCUUAAUCUCAAAUAAUGAGAUCGACAUGCUCUACUCGAGGUCGACAUCGAUAAGCUUGGCUGUACAUCGAAACCAAUCGUAUUCACAAGAGGGUAUCGAGCGAUUCGGCCUCUCGAAUAUGAGUAGUAGUAGCGAGUCUUGUUACAGUAGUUCAUCCAGUUUUAAUGACAGCAGUAUGAAUGAGAGUAGGAACACCGAAAACGAGCCGAUCACCGUAGAGAAGAUCAACACCAAGGAUCAGACUGCCAUUACCAAUGUUGUGGUAUCAACAUCCAAAGUAAUCAUAAGUAGUAGCAACAACAACAACAACGACGACGACAACGACAACAACGACAACAACAACGACAAUAGUGAAAACAAUCAUAAUCAUCGUGAUGAUGCAGAUGAGAUUGAUAGUGGUGGCGUUGCCAACGGAAUAGGACUCGGUGGCAACAGCAGUGGUGGUAUAGGCGGAAAAAGAAGAUCGUUUGUCAAUGGAAAUUGUAGCACACGGUCGGCAGACGACAAUCCGACGACCACUACCACGACUACCACCACCAAUGGCGUUGUCGCCAAUCUCAACCAGCCGUCAUUCAACGAGCUCAGUAUCACCUGUGACACGCUGAGUGAGACCGACGACGAGGACUUUAAAGAUAUAUUAAUGGAGGAAGACGACGACGAUUUCGAACAGGUGACCGAAGUAUUUGUAGAUCGUGACGACGCGAUCGACGACGACGACAACAACAGCUAUGUCAGAUUCGAGAGUAACCACUCCUCGUUUUUAACAGCAAAGAAUCAGUUCAAUAACAACAACAACAACAACAACAACAAUAGUGUACAAAAUACCCGACAGAAUCGAUCUUCCUCUUCGCCAAACAAUGAGUUUCUUCAGUCACUCUCACAUCAACAACAGCACCAACUUCAACUACUCCACGAGCUCUAUCAGCAAUCUUCGCGUCGCUAUAGAGAACAAGCUAGCAGUGGAAGUAACAGACAUAUAGACACAUCAUUCACUACAAAUACAUCAAUGGCCACACCGUCAAUACCGAUAAAUACACAACAAAACAACAAUCAAACACAUAAUCAUUCAAAAACAACAGGAUCUCCAUUUUUAACUGCUAUUCCCUCAACUUCACACAGAAGCCCAUCUUCUUUCCUGAAUAGUCCUACUCACAGCCCAAGCAGGCCAUUUUCUCCAGCAUCAUCUACAAAUUCGUCCGAUUAUUGCAACUCACCUCGAAUCAAUUCACCACCUCUUGCAAUUCCUCUACAGUCAUCAUCAGCAUCAAAUACAAUGUCAAGAUCUGAACAUAGUCAACUACCACAACAACAUUUACAAUCGACAUCACCAUCAUCGAACAACAACAGUAAUAGCAACAACAUUAAUCAUACAAUAUAUUCAAAUUCACCAACCACCAACAACAAUACACCACUCUCAACAUCGUCAUCAUCGAAUCAUCAAAGUAAUAUAGCCAGUCAACAGCAACAACAAAAUCAACAGCAACAUUACCAUCAUCAAUAUUCAUCAUCACCACCACCAGCCAACACACCAUCGACACCAUCAUCUCCAUCACUUGGAUCGGUUAGUGGCAACGGCAGUUAUUCACCGCUUUCAAAGUCGAGCUCUAUCAAUAACAAACCGAAUAUGCUUUCAACCAUUCUGAAAAAGAGUAAGAAGCGUCUUACAACUACAUUUGCAAAUCGUGAUCUCAGUGAUUUCGACGAAACACCGAGCUACGUGCAAAUCUAUCGUGGAAUGACCGGUGAGAGUUGGCGUGCUAAAGUCUACUCAACAACUACGGUUCGCGACCUCAUCUCAAUGCUACUAAGCACCACUACAAUUGACCCUUCGACUCUUACUCUUUACAUUUCGAGAUCAUUAACUGAUUCUUCAUUGGGCAGUAACAGUUCAACCAGCGCCAAUACCACCCUAGAUAGUAACAAACCAUUUGAGCGACAACUUCAUGAAGAUGAAAAGAUUUUAAAGGCACAAAGAAAAUGGUCUGGUCCAUCUGUAUUUAUAUUAAAAACAACAAAUUCAAAAGGUAACAGUAGAUACUCUGUUAGUUCAAUCAAUUCAGAGACAUCAGAUCAGUUACACCAUCAGCAUCAAUAUAAUCAUCAUUUACACCAACAUCAAUACCAACAAUCUGUAGAUAUAUCGCCACUCUCUUCACUUUCGUCACCGCUUAUCACCUCAACAAUAUCACCAUCAAUGCUCACCAUAUCACCGUCAUCAGUUACACAAUCAAGUGUCGACAUUAACAUACCGUAUAUGAGUCUGAAUGAUGGAAUCAUCUCGGACAUGGACUCAACAUCGACAAACAGUAGCUCGAAAUCACCGUACUACUAUCAGCAGUCCAAAAAGGAGAAUUGGAAAAUCGGUGAAUAUCCCAAGGAAGGUAUUCGCUGGAUUAGCCCAAGUGAUUUGGUAAUAAACACAAAGAUUGGUGAGGGCUCAUUCUCUAGAGUUUACAAAGGUGGAUACAUGGGUAAGACUGUGGCCAUCAAAGUUCUAAACGACAGUACUCCCGAACAAUGGGAGAAUUUUAAAAAGGAGUAUCGAAUUCUAAGUAUGACAUCGCAUCCUCGAUUAAUUAGAUUAUACGGAGCAUCAAAGGAAUCAAAAUUAUUAAUGGUAAUGGAAUAUUGUGGUAACGGAAGUUUAAUUAAAAUGAUGACAAAGAAAAACUUUUAUUUCAGUUGGGAGUUGGUUUUGAAAUGGAUUAAAGAAGCAGUCGAAGGUAUCAAUUUUCUACAUACAAUGAAACCAGCACUUGUACAUAGAGAUAUUAAACCACAUAAUCUACUUAUCACUUCUCAAUACGAAUUAAAGGUAGCCGAUUUAGGUUUGACAAAGGAAAUAGAUGUUCAUACCAGCACAUUGCGUGGCACACUCGACUAUAUGGCACCAGAGUUGUUUGAUGAAGUCGCACCAUCACCUUCCUCCGAUGUCUACUCAUUGGGUAUAGUUAUGUGGGAGUUGAUCAAUCGCUUCUUGACAGGCAAAUAUAAGAGACCUUUCGAAGAUAUACCACAGAUUUCAUUUAGUUACCAAAUUCCAAUCUUUACAAAGCAAGGCAUUCGUCCGACAAUGCCACCAAAUAUACCGCACCAGCUUGAAGAUAUUAUACUUCGUUGUUGGCACCAAGAUCCCGAUAAACGACCGACUUGCCAUCAAUUAGUGGCAUAA